CACGAUGUUUAUACCAGCCCCCACCACCGUACAAGGCGACUGUUUUGACCAUCAUGGUGUGGGAGGUGGUGACCAGUGAGCCCAAACAUCAGAGCGGUGGACACACAGCAGUGGUGAUGGAUACAGGUGGAGAACAGUUACCUGAGCUGCUCUGCUGUGAGGAACGCCUCCCCUGCUCCCCCGGCUUCCCCACCAGCGACAGCUACAUGGAGUACGACGACCUGCCGGACCUGCAGGAGGUUCAGGAGGAGGCGGAGCCAGCAGUCUACCAGUUGGACGUGGGUGUGUCCCACCAGCAGCGAUAUACACACACACACCCUCCUGACACACACUGGCUGACACAGCUGGCCCACAUCGCCACCGGGCCUCAGAGCCCCCUGCUGCAGGAGCCGGCCCCCAGCAGCUCCAGCCUCUCCAGCACCAGCAGUAAUCUACAUUCCUACGCUCGGCCUCCCCCCUCUCUCCCCAGCAGCACCCCGUCGCCCCCCAGAGGUCGUGGUAGGGAGCGCCUCCGCACCAGGAGGAGCAGGGAACCAGCGGUGUCCUCCAGAUCCUCUCCGUCUGACGAGGAAGACGUUGGCUGGAGCUUCUCCUGCCCCCCCACCACCUGGCACUGCUUCCUCAAAGGGACUCGUCUGCGUUUCCACAGUGGCUCAAACGUGGACUGGCAGGACGUGGAGGACCUGGACUAUGCUGAGGAAGACUCUGGUGAGGAGGAAGGAUCCAGGUCUCUGAAGGGUUAUGGCCCCGAGGGUCUGCAGCUGGUGGAGCAUUCAGAGACUGUGUUGUCCGGUCAGGCUGUGCUACAGCUGACCUUUGACCCCGGGGCGCUCGGACAAGCUGUCAUGAGCGCUCGCUGCCAACUUGACCACCCCUUCUACGUCAAAAACAAAGGGUGGUCAUCAUUUCACCCGAGCCUGACCGUGGUGCACUAUGGGAUACCGUGCUAUGAAAUGGAGGUGGGUGAUGUGUGCCUUCCUCCAGGACACAGAGAAGCCAAACACACCGACGACUCGCUGGUUUUUGACACAUUUAAGAGUUACGACUUCACUCCUCUGGACUCCUCUGCCGUCUACGUGCUGAGCAGCAUGGCCAGGCGGCGGCGUGCCUCCCAGUCCAGCGGCUCUCCAGACAGAGACACAUUACGAGACGCCCACAGUCCCGGUCCCUCCCCCUCUCCAUGUCUCAAGCCAACCAAAACCCAGCAAGCCAGCGCAGCAGGAAGUAAUAAUGCCCCGCCCACUAAGUGCAAGCGGCCAAUGAACGCCUUCAUGCUGUUCGCCAAGAGGUUCAGGGUGGAGUACACACAGAUGUACCCCGGCAAGGACAACAGGGCGAUCAGCGUCCUCCUUGGGGAGCAGUGGAAGAAACUGCGAAGUGAGGAGAAACGGACGUUCACCGUGCAGGCCAAAGCCCUCGCUGACGAGCAGAAGAGACUCAACCCAGACUGCUGGAAACGCAAACGAACCAACUCUGGUUGUCAGUGAAAUGAAGGCUGCAGAGAAGAAGAGAGAAGACCUGUAGCAACACAGUUUGUAGUGAUGUAAACACAUAUGUAUUACAUCACUACAAAUACUGGACACACACACACACACACACACACACACACACACACACACACACACACACACACACACACACACACACACACACACACACACACACACACACACACACACACACACACACAGCUUCAAUAUCAUAUUUUGCAAACAACAGACUUGCGUUAGGCUCCGAUAGCGAGGGUUAAAUUAAGUGUUUCUAAAUUCUCAAACUUUCAAAAAACAAUAUCAGUUUCAUUGAUUUGAACUAUUUUAAAUCGUUGUCUGUUUAUAGUCAUUAGAACAAGUUAUACAACAUUUUAUAAAAUAUUAUAUUUUAAUGCUAGAGCAUGCUGUCGAUUUUUCUCCAUAGGACAUUUCUAUCCAAAAAUGACGAAGCAGGUUAACCGGGAUUUAUUUAUGACUGGUGUUCAUCUCCAGGGUUUUACGAUGUGUAAAUGUGACAAUUCCUUUCAAAAGAAAAAGAGAGAUUCUGGUCGUUUUCAGUCUCUCAUCAUGUGCUUGAAACAGGGGGAAGGGUGUGGUGCUGAAGCUUUUGGGGUAAAGUAGAACAUGUAGCCAUUUCCACUUAAAUAUAUGUUAUAUAUAUAAUGAAAUAUAAAAAGUGUUUUAUUGCCUGUAUUACUUGCAUUUGCACGCCGUGUAUUGCACAAGACUACAUAUUAUUAUUGACUGUGUAAUUUAUCAGGAAAUAUUUAGUUAUUUAACAAAUGUACGCCACAAAUUAACCUUAUCUUUAAGAAAAAAUCCGGCCUUUUUUAGGGAGGCCUUGCUUCGUUCACCACCUUAACUUACCUUUCAUUUGUAAACAUUUAAAAAGGAAUAAAUAAGUGUUACGUUUUCCCUAAAAGUCGCUCGAGAAAGACAAAACGUGAUUUAAACGAAGCCUACAGCAUACAGUGUUAAAAAGUCAAUAUUUGCCCCUUUUGUACUUGAACCUGUCAUAUCCACGCAUUGUGUGAAGGGGAAGUGCUUGACCAUUUUAAGGAAAUAUAUAAAAAGAGAAUAAAUAUUCCCAGUUUUGUCCUUAUAUUGUUACCGCAUAACGAGGUUAAUUCUUAACGCACUAUAUACACUUUAUCGUAUGUGACUGCUCCAGUAUAUUGUGUAAUACAAAUGUAAAGAUAAUUACAUGAUAAUAUAUAUUUUUGGUUUUGACUUCAUUUGUUGUAUUGAUUAUUGAACUUGAUCAGGGGGUGUCAUAUAAUGUUUCAUAAUAUAAAUAAAUAAAAGCAUGAUGAAUCUGU